AUUUUAUGAUAUGUGUAUGACCAGUUUAGAGUCGUUACACUUGCAGUUCGUACAGUACGAUAGGAAACUCGUACCCGUGUUUACAUGUGUAACCGAUCUGUCCAAGUGUGUUCCAGUGAGAAUGGUUGCUCCAUUUCACAAAGACUUUAUAUAUAGACUUUACACGCUUUUCUGCUGAUCUCGUGGACACUAGUGACCAUUCCAAGUUUAUCAUUUCAAGCCACAAACAGAGAAGGGAAUGUUGCAUUGACACCUCUUAUUUUUUAAAAUACCAGCUAACAAUGGGGGACACGUCGAGGAAAUCAAGAGACCACGUCGAAGCGAAAACCCGUAAAGAUGAACAAAUACUACCAGAAAAUGGUUACCGCUUGCCGAAAGCGGUCACACCAGCAACGGUUUCACAACUGGAAGAUGGGGGGAAGGGAAGUGGAAUUAACAAAACUUUCCUUGCCAAAUUACUUCGUGAUUUUCUGAGAAGGUUUAUGAGAGGAGGUUCUUUUGGUGUUGGUCUGUACGCCGGAGUGCGACUUGUGAGCGCUUUGUUGAGGAAUCCUUUCAGACAGACCCUCCCGGAUGUGUGGCGAGCAGUGGUGAGCACAGACUGUGCGCGUGUAGCGUCGUUCUUCGGCCUCUACCCUAGUAUCUAUCACAUGAUGGUGGACGUGCUCAGGGCUGUCAGGACGCAAAAGGUCACCUUGGUACUCUGCCCUUCCUGGAAGUGUGGGUGUUCUGCGCAUGCGUGAGCGUCAUCGUGUACUGUACAGCCCUCAAACCCCAGUACCUGACACCAGGCUAUUACAGGUCCAUCGUCAAGUGGUCCAGGGACUACUCAGAUGAGAAACUAGAGAAGUUGUUCAGGGUUCAGGGAGACCGUUUCCUAACGUGUGAGGAGGCAGGCCUGCACGAGGGUCCUUGCGUCCGACAAAGGUUUGAGGACUGUCUACGUUCUCUGCCCGGCUUCGCCAAACUCUACCUGCCCAUCCACCUGACCCCCGUCCUGCUCUUCAAGAGGAAGGUUCUCAAAGAGAGACCAUGGUACGUCCUGCGGUCUCUAGCCAAGAACAUGGUCAUCUCCACUGCCUUCCUCGGCGUCAUGUGUUCACUGGCCAAACUGACCAUCUGUGUACUCCGAGACCUGGCGCACCUCCCCCCGCCCCUACCCAGCUACAUACCGGCGGUGGCCGGGGCGGUGUGUGGGCUCGCCUUGAUCCUAGAGAG